AUGUGGAAUCGAAGGUCGCUAGUAUUGUUGGUUGGAAUGUUACUGGGAAUAAUGUGUUUACUUAUUUAUACAGACAUGUUGGUGAUAUCGCGCGAGGACUUGGUAUAUAUUCAUGAGAGCGACACCCCUGAUACCAAAGAAACAACUCCAACUCUGGAUCACCAAGAUACAAAUGAAAUAAAGGAUCCAAUUAUAAAUUCAAAUAUUCCGAAUCUUGAAGAUGAUAACACAGUUGAAGAUGAUACUACAGUUGAAGAUGAUACUACAGUUGAACACACAGAUGGAGAAGGGGAAUAUAAGAAUGAGGGAAACGAUGAUGAAAGUAGCACAACCGUAGAGAAUACCAAUCCAACUUCAACAAAAGAAGAUUGGCGAGAUAAAAGUGUGGUAACGACCAUGAUAGAAGCAAAUACGAAUAAUAAUAAGAACGAUGACGAGAAACAAGAUAGUAAUAAAAAAAUUCCCAAGCCACAAUUAAUUCCAAUCAAAUCUCCAUUACGUCCAGGUGGUGGUCCGUUUUUACCUCCUGUUUAUAAGAUACCCAAACCUAAAAAAGCCAAUGGUGAACUAUUCUUAACUUAUUUAACUCAUGGACAAUUCAACAAUCAACGACUCGAACUAGAAAACGCGUUUUUACUGUCGUAUCUUCUAAAUCGCACAUUAAUCAUUCCGCCGAUAAUAUUUGGCAAUAAAAAUCCAUGGAAACCUUUUGAUCUCCUUUACAAAGGUAUCAAUAAGCUCAAUAAAAUAGGCUUGGAAAAGUGUCCGGGCGCAUUACAUAAUGACAAAAACCCGAAAGAAUGUGAAGAUUAUAAUUCCUGGACGAUUAUGCAAUGGGACAAUUUUUAUAAAUUUGAGUCACUUACUGAACAAUUAGGUAUUCGUUACAUUUUCGCUGAAAGUUUUAAUCAAGAAUGGUUAAUGCAAAGGAUUAAUGUGAAAAAGAAGGAUAUCUUUUUCUUUAAAGAUAAAAAUCCGUAUGGACUUCGAUUUUAUGAUGAUCCAGAGAGCGAAACGUCGUUGGGGAGAUACGCGACUCGUAUGAACAUCGAGGAUCUAAAGAAGUGGCCACAAAAAGUAUUAUAUUUCGAAACUUUGUUUGGCACUGGGCGAAUCCUAUCCGAACUUCAAGAGAAUAAUGAGGUGCACGAGAAAAUUAAGGCCAUGUUCACUUAUACACAUCCGGCUGUUCUUGAGGUUGCAAACAAAAUCGUGGCUAAGAUUGGAGGAAAAGGAGCUUAUCUAGGAAUGCAUGUACGACUAAGUGAUGCAAAAUUCUUAGAGUCUUCUGAUGAAACUGUUCAGACCUUUGUUACAGAAUUAGGAUCUGCCAGCGAAGAUUUUAACUUGAAUUUCUAUGGAUUUAAUGACUCACUUAAUUCAGCUGAAGAUUGUCUAAGCAAAUUUGAUCCAUUGAAAAAUACCUUAAUUUACAUGGCAACCGAUUUGCCAGAUCCACGUAAUCAUGAAAGCUAUGACGCACUAUAUAAAGUCUACCCGUGCAUAUUAACAUUAGGGGAUUUUAAACCAGAACUUGAUGGAUUGAAAUACAUCCAAAAUCCAAAGGACCAAACACCUCUUAAGAACUUUUUGCUAUUCAUGGUAGACAUGAUAGUUGCCGCCAAGGGUGAUCCAUUUAUUGGAACUCCUCAAAGUACUUUUUCCCACUAUACGCAAUUUUUGCAUGACUUGUAUUUUAACAUAGAUGAGGAUUAA